AUGAACAAGCUCCUCAGACCUCCCACUCCUCAGACCUCCCACUCCUCAGACCUCCCUCUCCUCAGACCUCCCUCUCCUCAGACCUCCCUCUCCUCAGACGUCCCUCUCCUCAGACCUCCCACUCCUCAGACCUCCCUCUCCUCAGACCUCCCACUCCUCAGACCUCCCUCUCCUCAGACCUCCCUCUCCUCAGACCUCCCUCUCCUCAGACCUCCCUCUCCUCAGACCUCCCUCUCCUCAGACCUCCCUCUCCUCAGACCUCCCUCUCCUCAGACCUCCCUCUCCUCAGACCUCCCUCUCCUCAGACCUCCCUCUCCUCAGACCUCCCACUCCUCAGACCUCCCACUCCUCAGACCUCCCUCUCCUCAGACCUCCCUCUCCUCAGACCUCCCUCUCCUCAGACCUCCCUCUCCUCAGACCUCCCUCUCCUCAGACCUCCCACUCCUCAGACCUCCCUCUCCUCAGACCUCCCUCUCCUCAGACCUCCCUCUCCUCAGACCUCCCUCUCCUCAGACCUCCCUCUCCUCAGACCUCCCACUCCUCAGACCUCCCUCUCCUCAGACCUCCCACUCCUCAGACCUCCCUCUGCCCAGACCUCCCUCUCCUCAGACCUCCCUCUCCUCAGACCUCCCUCUCCUCAGACCUCCCUCUCCUCAGACCUCCCUCUCCUCAGACCUCCCACUCCUCAGACCUCCCUCUCCUCAGACCUCCCACUCCUCAGACCUCCCACUCCUCAGACCUCCCACUCCUCAGACCUCCCACUCCUCAGACCUCCCUCUCCCCAGACGUCCCUCUCCUCAGACCUCCCACUCCUCAGACCUCCCUCUCCUCAGACCUCCCACUCCUCAGACCUCCCACUCCUCAGACCUCCCUCUCCCCAGACCUCCCUCUCCCCAGACCUCCCACUCCUCAGACCUCCCUCUCCCCAGACGUCCCUCUCCUCAGACCUCCCUCUCCUCAGACCUCCCUCUCCUCAGACCUCCCUCUCCUCAGACCUCCCACUCCUCAGACCUCCCUCUCCUCAGACCUCCCUCUCCUCAGACCUCCCUCUCCUCAGACCUCCCUCUCCUCAGACCUCCCUCUCCUCAGACCUCCCUCUCCUCAGACCUCCCUCUCCUCAGACCUCCCUCUCCUCAGACCUCCCUCUCCUCAGACCUCCCUCUCCUCAGACCUCCCUCUCCUCAGACCUCCCACUCCUCAGACCUCCCACUCCUCAGACCUCCCUCUCCUCAGACCUCCCUCUCCUCAGACCUCCCUCUCCUCAGACCUCCCUCUCCUCAGACCUCCCUCUCCUCAGACCUCCCUCUCCUCAGACCUCCCUCUCCUCAGACCUCCCUCUCCUCAGACCUCCCACUCCUCAGACCUCCCUCUCCUCAGACCUCCCUCUCCUCAGACCUCCCACUCCUCAGACCUCCCACUCCUCAGACCUCCCUCUCCUCAGACCUCCCUCUCCUCAGACCUCCCUCUCCUCAGACCUCCCUCUCCUCAGACCUCCCUCUCCUCAGACCUCCCUCUCCUCAGACCUCCCUCUCCUCAGACCUCCCACUCCUCAGACCUCCCUCUCCUCAGACCUCCCACUCCUCAGACCUCCCACUCCUCAGACCUCCCUCUCCUCAGACCUCCCACUCCUCAGACCUCCCACUCCUCAGACCUCCCUCUCCUCAGACCUCCCUCUCCUCAGACCUCCCUCUCCUCAGACCUCCCUCUCCUCAGACCUCCCUCUCCUCAGACCUCCCACUCCUCAGACCUCCCACUCCUCAGACCUCCCACUCCUCAGACCUCCCACUCCUCAGACCUCCCUCUCCUCAGACCUCCCACUCCUCAGACCUCCCACUCCUCAGACCUCCCUCUCCUCAGACCUCCCUCUCCUCAGACCUCCCUCUCCUCAGACCUCCCUCUCCUCAGACCUCCCUCUCCUCAGACCUCCCACUCCUCAGACCUCCCACUCCUCAGACCUCCCACUCCUCAGACCUCCCUCUCCUCAGACCUCCCUCUCCUCAGACCUCCCUCUCCUCAGACCUCCCUCUCCUCAGACCUCCCUCUCCUCAGACCUCCCACUCCUCAGACCUCCCACUCCUCAGACCUCCCACUCCUCAGACCUCCCUCUCCUCAGACCUCCCACUCCUCAGACCUCCCUCUCCUCAGACCUCCCUCUCCUCAGACCUCCCUCUCCUCAGACCUCCCUCUCCUCAGACCUCCCACUCCUCAGACCUCCCUCUCCUCAGACCUCCCUCUCCUCAGACCUCCCACUCCUCAGACCUCCCUCUCCUCAGACCUCCCACUCCUCAGACCUCCCUCUCCUCAGACCUCCCUCUCCUCAGACCUCCCUCUCCUCAGACCUCCCUCUCCUCAGACCUCCCUCUGCCCAGACCUCCCUCUCCUCAGACCUCCCUCUCCUCAGACCUCCCUCUCCUCAGACCUCCCUCUCCUCAGACCUCCCUCUCCUCAGACCUCCCACUCCUCAGACCUCCCUCUCCCCAGACGUCCCUCUCCCCAGACGUCCCUCUCCUCAGACCUCCCUCUCCUCAGACCUCCCACUCCUCAGACCUCCCUCUCCCCAGACGUCCCUCUCCUCAGACCUCCCACUCCUCAGACCUCCCACUCCUCAGACCUCCCUCUGCCCAGACCUCCCUCUCCUCAGACCUCCCUCUCCUCAGACCUCCCUCUGCCCAGACCUCCCUCUCCUCAGACCUCCCUCUCCUCAGACCUCCCACUCCUCAGACCUCCCUCUCCUCAGACCUCCCUCUCCUCAGACCUCCCACUCCUCAGACCUCCCUCUCCUCAGACCUCCCACUCCUCAGACCUCCCACUCCUCAGACCUCCCUCUCCUCAGACCUCCCUCUCCUCAGACCUCCCUCUCCUCAGACCUCCCUCUCCUCAGACCUCCCUCUCCUCAGACCUCCCUCUCCUCAGACCUCCCUCUCCUCAGACCUCCCUCUCCUCAGACCUCCCACUCCUCAGACCUCCCACUCCUCAGACCUCCCUCUCCUCAGACCUCCCUCUCCUCAGACCUCCCUCUCCUCAGACCUCCCUCUCCUCAGACCUCCCUCUCCUCAGACCUCCCUCUCCUCAGACCUCCCUCUCCUCAGACCUCCCUCUCCUCAGACCUCCCUCUCCUCAGACCUCCCACUCCUCAGACCUCCCUCUCCUCAGACCUCCCUCUCCUCAGACCUCCCUCUCCUCAGACCUCCCUCUCCUCAGACCUCCCUCUCCUCAGACCUCCCUCUCCUCAGACCUCCCACUCCUCAGACCUCCCACUCCUCAGACCUCCCUCUCCUCAGACCUCCCUCUCCUCAGACCUCCCACUCCUCAGACCUCCCACUCCUCAGACCUCCCUCUCCUCAGACCUCCCUCUCCUCAGACCUCCCUCUCCUCAGACCUCCCUCUCCUCAGACCUCCCUCUCCUCAGACCUCCCACUCCUCAGACCUCCCUCUCCUCAGACCUCCCUCUCCUCAGACCUCCCUCUCCUCAGACCUCCCACUCCUCAGACCUCCCUCUCCUCAGACCUCCCACUCCUCAGACCUCCCUCUGCCCAGACCUCCCUCUCCUCAGACCUCCCUCUCCUCAGACCUCCCUCUCCUCAGACCUCCCACUCCUCAGACCUCCCACUCCUCAGACCUCCCUCUCCUCAGACCUCCCUCUCCUCAGACCUCCCACUCCUCAGACCUCCCACUCCUCAGACCUCCCACUCCUCAGACCUCCCUCUCCUCAGACCUCCCUCUCCUCAGACCUCCCACUCCUCAGACCUCCCACUCCUCAGACCUCCCUCUCCUCAGACCUCCCUCUCCUCAGACCUCCCUCUCCUCAGACCUCCCACUCCUCAGACCUCCCUCUCCUCAGACCUCCCACUCCUCAGACCUCCCUCUCCUCAGACCUCCCACUCCUCAGACCUCCCUCUCCCCAGACCUCCCUCUCCUCAGACCUCCCUCUGCCCAGACCUCCCUCUCCUCAGACCUCCCUCUCCUCAGACCUCCCUCUCCUCAGACCUCCCACUCCUCAGACCUCCCUCUGCCCAGACCUCCCUCUCCUCAGACCUCCCUCUCCUCAGACCUCCCACUCCUCAGACCUCCCACUCCUCAGACCUCCCUCUCCUCAGACCUCCCACUCCUCAGACCUCCCACUCCUCAGACCUCCCUCUCCUCAGACCUCCCUCUCCUCAGACCUCCCUCUCCUCAGACCUCCCUCUCCUCAGACCUCCCUCUCCUCAGACCUCCCCUCCUCAGACCUCCCCUCCUCAGACCUCCCUCUCCUCAGACCUCCCUCUGCCCAGACCUCCCUCUCCUCAGACCUCCCUCUCCUCAGACCUCCCACUCCUCAGACCUCCCUCUCCUCAGACCUCCCACUCCUCAGACCUCCCUCUCCUCAGACCUCCCUCUCCUCAGACCUCCCUCUCCUCAGACCUCCCUCUCCUCAGACCUCCCACUCCUCAGACCUCCCUCUCCUCAGACCUCCCUCUGCCUCAGACCUCCCUCUCCUCAGACCUCCCUCUCCUCAGACCUCCCACUCCUCAGACCUCCCUCUCCUCAGACCUCCCUCUCCUCAGACCUCCCUCUCCUCAGACCUCCCUCUCCUCAGACCUCCCUCUCCUCAGACCUCCCACUCCUCAGACCUCCCUCUCCUCAGACCUCCCUCUCCUCAGACCUCCCACUCCUCAGACCUCCCUCUCCUCAGACCUCCCACUCCUCAGACCUCCCUCUCCUCAGACCUCCCACUCCUCAGACCUCCCUCUCCUCAGACCUCCCUCUCCUCAGACCUCCCUCUCCUCAGACCUCCCUCUCCUCAGACCUCCCCUCCUCAGACCCCCCCUCAGACCUCCCUCCUCACCUCCCUCGACCUCCCUCUCCUCAGACCUCCCUCUCCUCAGACCUCCCUCUCCUCAGACCUCCCUCUCCUCAGACCUCCCUCUCCUCAGACCUCCCACUCCUCAGACCUCCCUCUCCUCAGACCUCCCUCUCCUCAGACCUCCCCUCCUCAGACCUCCCUCUCCUCAGACCUCCCUCUCCUCAGACCUCCCUCUCCUCAGACCUCCCACUCCUCAGACCUCCCUCUCCUCAGACCUCCCACUCCUCAGACCUCCCUCUCCUCAGACCUCCCCCUCCUCAGACCUCCCUCUCCUCAGACCUCCCACUCCUCAGACCUCCCUCUCCUCAGACCCCCUCCUCAGACCUCUCCUCAGACCUCCCACUCCCCAGACCUCCCUCUCCUCAGACGUCCCACUCCUCAGACCUCCCUCUCCUCAGACCUCCCACUCCUCAGACCUCCCUUCCUCCCUCCACUCCUCAGACCUCCCACUCCUCAGACCUCCCUCUCCUCAGACCUCCCUCCUCAGACCUCCCACUCCUCAGACCUCCCACUCCUCAGACCUCCCUCCUCAGACCUCCCUCUCCUCAGACCUCCCUCUCCUCAGACCUCCCUCUCCUCAGACCUCCCUCUCCUCAGACCUCCCUCUCCUCAGACCUCCCUCUCCUCAGACCUCCCACUCCUCAGACCUCCCUCUCCUCAGACCUCCCACUCCUCAGACCUCCCUCUCCUCAGACCUCCCUCUCCUCAGACCUCCCUCUCCUCAGACCUCCCUCUCCUCAGACCUCAACCCCACUCCUCAGACCUCCCUCUCCUCAGACCUCCCUCUCCUCAGACCUCCCUCUCCUCAGACCUCCCACUCCUCAGACCUCCCACUCCUCAGAACCUCCCACUCCUCAGACCUCCCUCUCCUCAGACCUCCCUCUCCUCAGACCUCCCACUCCUCAGACCUCCCACUCCUCAGACCUCCCUCUCCUCAGACCUCCCUCUCCUCAGACCUCCCUCUCCUCAGACCUCCCACUCCUCAGACCUCCCUCUCCUCAGACCUCCCACUCCUCAGACCUCCCUCUCCUCAGACCUCCCACUCCUCAGACCUCCCCUCCCCAGACCUCCCUCUCCUCAGACCUCCCUCUCCCAGACCUCCCUCUCCUCAGACCUCCCUCUCCUCAGACCUCCCUCUCCUCAGACCUCCCACUCCUCAGACCUCCCUCUGCCCAGACCUCCCUCUCCUCAGACCUCCCUCUCCUCAGACCUCCCACUCCUCAGACCUCCCACUCCUCAGACCUCCCUCUCCUCAGACCUCCCACUCCUCAGACCUCCCACUCCUCAGACCUCCCUCUCCUCAGACCUCCCUCUCCUCAGACCUCCCUCUCCUCAGACCUCCCUCUCCUCAGACCUCCCUCUCCUCAGACCUCCCACUCCUCAGACCUCCCUCUCCUCAGACCUCCCUCUGCCCAGACCUCCCUCUCCUCAGACCUCCCUCUCCUCAGACCUCCCACUCCUCAGACCUCCCUCUCCUCAGACCUCCCACUCCUCAGACCUCCCUCUCCUCAGACCUCCCUCUCCUCAGACCUCCCUCUCCUCAGACCUCCCUCUCCUCAGACCUCCCACUCCUCAGACCUCCCUCUCCUCAGACCUCCCUCUCCCAGACCUCCCUCUCCUCAGACCUCCCUCUCCUCAGACCUCCCACUCCUCAGACCUCCCUCUCCUCAGACCUCCCUCUCCUCAGACCUCCCUCUCCUCAGACCUCCCUCUCCUCAGACCUCCCUCUCCUCAGACCUCCCACUCCUCAGACCUCCCUCUCCUCAGACCUCCCUCUCCUCAGACCUCCCACUCCUCAGACCUCCCUCUCCUCAGACCUCCCACUCCUCAGACCUCUCUCUCCUCAGACCUCCCACUCCUCAGACCUCCCUCUCCUCAGACCUCCCUCUCCUCAGACCUCCCUCUCCUCAAACCUCCCUCUGCCCAGACGUCCCACUCCUCAGACCUCCCUCUCCUCAGACCUCCCUCUCCUCAGACCUCCCACUCCUCAGACCUCCCUCUCCUCAGACCUCCCUCUCCCCAGACCUCCCUCUCCUCAGACCUCCCACUCCUCAGACCUCCCACUCCUCAGACCUCCCACUCCUCAGACCUCCCUCUCCUCAGACCUCCCACUCCUCAGACCUCCCUCUCCUCAGACCUCCCUCUCCCCAGACCUCCCACUCCUCAGACCUCCCUCUCCUCAGACCUCCCUCUCCUCAGACCUCCCACUCCCCAGACCUCCCUCUCCUCAGACGUCCCACUCCUCAGACCUCCCUCUCCUCAGACCUCCCACUCCUCAGACCUCCCUCUCCUCAGACCUCCCACUCCUCAGACCUCCCACUCCUCAGACCUCCCUCUCCUCAGACCUCCCACUCCUCAGACCUCCCACUCCUCAGACCUCCCUCUCCUCAGACCUCCCACUCCUCAGACCUCCCUCUCCUCAGACCUCCCUCUCCUCAGACCCCUCCCUCUCCUCAGACCUCCCUCUCCUCAGACCUCCCUCUCCUCAGACCUCCCUCUCCUCAGACCUCCCUCUGCCCAGACCUCCCUCUCCUCAGACCUCCCUCUCCUCAGACCUCCCACUCCUCAGACCUCCCUCUCCUCAGACCUCCCACUCCUCAGACCUCCCUCUCCUCAGACCUCCCACUCCUCAGACCUCCCUCUCCUCAGACCUCCCACUCCUCAGACCUCCCACUCCUCAGACCUCCCUCUCCCCAGACCUCCCACUCCUCAGACCUCCCUCUCCUCAGACCUCCCUCUCCUCAGACCUCCCUCUCCUCAGACCUCCCUCUCCUCAGACCUCCCUCUCCUCAGACCUCCCUCUCCUCAGACCUCCCUCUGCCCAGACCUCCCUCUCCUCAGACCUCCCUCUCCUCAGACCUCCCACUCCUCAGACCUCCCUCUCCUCAGACCUCCCACUCCUCAGACCUCCCUCUCCUCAGACCUCCCACUCCUCAGACCUCCCUCUGCCCAGACCUCCCUCUCCUCAGACCUCCCUCUCCUCAGACCUCCCUCUCCUCAGACCUCCCACUCCUCAGACCUCCCUCUCCUCAGACCUCCCUCUCCUCAGACCUCCCACUCCUCAGACCUCCCUCUCCUCAGACCUCCCUCUCCUCAGACCUCCCACUCCUCAGACCUCCCUCUCCUCAGACCUCCCUCUCCUCAGACCUCCCUCUCCUCAGACCUCCCUCUCCUCAGACCUCCCUCUCCCCAGACGUCCCUCUCCUCAGACCUCCCUCUCCUCAGACCUCCCUCUCCUCAGACCUCCCUCUCCUCAGACCUCCCACUCCUCAGACCUCCCUCUCCUCAGACCUCCCUCUCCCCAGACCUCCCUCUCCUCAGACCUCCCUCUCCUCAGACCUCCCUCUCCUCAGACCUCCCUCUCCUCAGACCUCCCACUCCUCAGACCUCCCACUCCUCAGACCUCCCACUCCUCAGACCUCCCUCUCCUCAGACCUCCCUCUCCUCAGACCUCCCUCUCCUCAGACCUCCCACUCCUCAGACCUCCCACUCCUCAGACCUCCCGCUCCUCAGACCUCCCUCUCCUCAGACCUCCCACUCCUCAGACCUCCCUCUCCUCAGACCUCCCUCUCCUCAGACCUCCCUCUGCCCAGACCUCCCUCUCCUCAGACCUCCCUCUCCUCAGACCUCCCACUCCUCAGACCUCCCUCUCCUCAGACCUCCCUCUCCUCAGACCUCCCACUCCUCAGACCUCCCUCUCCUCAGACCUCCCUCUCCUCAGACCUCCCUCUCCUCAGACCUCCCACUCCUCAGACCUCCCUCUCCUCAGACCUCCCUCUCCUCAGACCUCCCUCUCCUCAGACCUCCCUCUCCUCAGACCUCCCUCUCCUCAGACCUCCCUCUCCUCAGACCUCCCUCUCCUCAGACCUCCCUCUCCUCAGACCUCCCUCUCCUCAGACCUCCCUCUCCUCAGACCUCCCUCUCCUCAGACGUCCCUCUCCUCAGACCUCCCACUCCUCAGACCUCCCACUCCUCAGACCUCCCUCUCCUCAGACCUCCCUCUCCUCAGACCUCCCUCUCCUCAGACCUCCCUCUCCUCAGACCUCCCUCUCCUCAGACCUCCCUCUCCUCAGACGUCCCUCUCCUCAGACCUCCCACUCCUCAGACCUCCCUCUCCUCAGACCUCCCUCUGCCCAGACCUCCCACUCCUCAGACCUCCCUCUCCUCAGACCUCCCACUCCUCAGACCUCCCACUCCUCAGACCUCCCACUCCUCAGACCUCCCUCUCCUCAGACCUCCCACUCCUCAGACCUCCCACUCCUCAGACCUCAGACCUCCCUCUCCUCAGACCUCCCUCUCCUCAGACCUCCCUCUCCUCAGACCUCCCUCUCCUCAGACCUCCCACUCCUCAGACCUCCCUCUGCCCAGACCUCCCUCUCCUCAGACCUCCCUCUCCUCAGACCUCCCUCUCCUCAGACCUCCCUCUCCUCAGACCUCCCUCUCCUCAGACCUCCCUCUCCUCAGACCUCCCUCUCCUCAGACCUCCCUCUCCUCAGACCUCCCUCUCCUCAGACCUCCCACUCCUCAGACCUCCCUCUCCUCAGACCUCCCUCUCCUCAGACCUCCCUCUCCUCAGACCUCCCACUCCUCAGACCCCCCUCUCCUCAGACCUCCCACUCCUCAGACCUCCCUCUCCUCAGACCUCCCUCUGCCCAGACCUCCCUCUCCUCAGACCUCCCACUCCUCAGACCUCCCACUCCUCAGACCUCCCUCUCCUCAGACCUCCCUCUCCUCAGACCUCCCUCUCCUCAGACCUCCCACUCCUCAGACCUCCCUCUCCUCAGACCUCCCUCUCCUCAGACCUCCCUCUCCUCAGACCUCCCUCUCCUCAGACCUCCCUCUCCUCAGACCUCCCUCUCCUCAGACCUCCCUCUCCUCAGACCUCCCUCUCCUCAGACCUCCCACUCCUCAGACCUCCCUCUCCUCAGACCUCCCACUCCUCAGACCUCCCUCUCCUCAGACCUCCCUCUCCUCAGACCUCCCACUCCUCAGACCUCCCUCUCCCCAGACCUCCCUCUCCCCAGACCUCCCUCUCCCCAGACCUCCCACUCCUCAGACCUCCCACUCCUCAGACCUCCCUCUCCUCAGACCUCCCUCUCCUCAGACCUCCCUCUCCUCAGACCUCCCUCUCCUCAGACCUCCCUCUCCUCAGACCUCCCUCUCCUCAGACCUCCCUCUCCUCAGACCUCCCACUCCUCAGACCUCCCUCUCCUCAGACCUCCCACUCCUCAGACCUCCCUCUCCUCAGACCUCCCUCUCCUCAGACCUCCCACUCCUCAGACCUCCCUCUCCCCAGACCUCCCUCUCCCCAGACCUCCCUCUCCCCAGACCUCCCACUCCUCAGACCUCCCACUCCUCAGACCUCCCUCUCCUCAGACCUCCCACUCCUCAGACCUCCCUCUCCUCAGACCUCCCACUCCUCAGACCUCCCUCUGCCCAGACCUCCCUCUCCUCAGACCUCCCUCUCCUCAGACCUCCCUCUCCUCAGACCUCCCUCUCCUCAGACCUCCCUCUCCUCAGACCUCCCUCUCCUCAGACCUCCCUCUCCUCAGACCUCCCACUCCUCAGACCUCCCACUCCUCAGACGUCCCACUCCUCAGACGUCCCACUCCUCAGACCUCCCACUCCUCAGACCUCCCUCUCCUCAGACCUCCCUCUCCUCAGACCUCCCUCUGCCCAGACCUCCCUCUCCUCAGACCUCCCUCUCCUCAGACCUCCCUCUCCUCAGACCUCCCUCUCCUCAGACCUCCCUCUCCUCAGACCUCCCUCUCCUCAGACCUCCCUCUCCUCAGACCUCCCUCUCCUCAGACCUCCCUCUCCUCAGACCUCCCUCUCCUCAGACGUCCCUCUCCUCAGACCUCCCUCUCCUCAGACCUCCCACUCCUCAGACCUCCCUCUCCUCAGACGUCCCUCUCCUCAGACCUCCCUCUCCUCAGACCUCCCUCUCCUCAGACCUCCCACUCCUCAGACCUCCCUCUCCUCAGACCUCCCUCUCCUCAGACGUCCCCCUCCCCAGACGUCCCCCUCCCCAGACGUCCCCCUCCCCAGACACCUCCUGCAGCUCAUCUGGGGGAAUCCUUCCAGCAGAGACCCAGUCCCUCUGA